AUCAUCAUCUUUUAAUUUAAUUUGUGGUGGUGGAAGUUUGUGAUUUUAUAUAUAAGAAGUUGUGUUGCUUAAUUGAAUAAUUUGUGAAUUUUGUUUAAUUAUUCAAGGUGCAGUUUUUAUACACAUUUAUUGAAUUACUACGUUUUUUAUAAUGCGGUUAUUAAUUCUUGGGCUAUUACUAUCUGCUGCGUGGGCAGAAGAAGUAAGAUUGGUCGAAUUAGAACCCGAUCAUGCGGCACAAUACAUUAAUCAACAAGAUCAAACGCUGAAAUAUGCGCCAAAAAUUGAGUCAAACGUACCCUCACUUCGAUACAUUGGAAACCACCCAGAGCACGUUAACGAAGAUAUCUAUUUGGCCAAUCAGUACCACGGCCAGGACGGUUUGGGCGCUUACGUUUACGGGUACUCCGUUCCAGACAUUGCCAAAACGGAAAAGAAGGAACGUAGCGGCAAUCUUAAAGGAGCGUACAACUACAUCGCCGGAAAUGGGCAGGAAAUUAAGGUGCAAUAUUGGGAUGACGGUACAGGUUUCCAUCAGAUCGAUAACGUACCAAAGGACCAACCCGAAGAUAAUCCUGAGGUGAAAGCAGCCAAGGAGGAGCAUUUACGGAUUUGGCACGAGCAAGCCCUUAGAAACUCCCAAGCGCCUCCGGACCCAUACUCAAACCAGUACAAUAACUUCGGAGCCCAGUCGCAGUCGCUCCAGAACCAGUACCAACAGUACCAAGGACAAAUCGCGCACCCCCAGCAGCCUCAGGUACAAAGUCAAUAUCAGCCCCAAAUACCUCAAGCCCCACAACCACAACAUGUUUCUGCGCCCUUACACAAUCAGCCAAUCCAACACAUACCGACCCAAGUGCUACCCCAACACCCAAGCGCGAACAGCGUAGAUUACAGCGGUCAGUACUCCAACAACCAACAAUCGUGGGUGCAAAGCCCAGCAGCUGCAGACAACAACGUGAAUGCGGCCGCCAGCGCUCACGUUGACGGCAUAUGGGCACAUGCCGGUGCCUCGCAACAGCAAUGGGCUCAGGGCCCCGCACGACCCCAUCAAGAGGAGGAGGAAACAGGCCCACCAAAAGGAUUCUUCUACUCCUUCGACUACCCAGUCGGUAUCAUUGUAGGUAAAGAGGGCCAAAACCUGGAGGCGGCCUAUAAUCAAAACAAAGAACUUUUCGAAAAACAAUUAAAAGGCGAGGGACCGCGGCCUAGUGGGUCUUCCAGUUCUUAUCACGCUUCCGCUUGAGUAUGAAAUUUAAACACGUCAAAAAAAUUGUUUCGAAUAUUUAUUUUUGUUACUAUUUAAUAAAUAUUUAUACUUUAUA